AUGGGUGACGUUCCAGCUGAGGAGGCCCCUUUCCCGCUCACAGACGUUGAUAAGUGGGUCCUCUCACAGACGGAUGAGGAGUUUAAGAAGCAUGACUGGAAGGAGCUCAAGAAGAUCAUUGAGACAAACAAGCUCGAAGUUUUGAAGCGAAAGCCUUCAGACCUUCGUCGAUACAUGAAAUGGACGGCCGAGACCAAGGCCGAGUAUGGUUCCAUGACCAAAUUCCUCCUCACUAAUCGCCUGCCCAAGCACUGGGGUGAGCCGCCAUUCACCCCAAAGUCCAUCGUGCCUUUUGAGGAUCCCUCCGACUACCGGGUUCUUGUCAACGACUGGCCGUACGGACUUGACCCUGGCAUCACCCAUAUCGUGGUCUGGUCGCGAACUAUCGUCCCUACAGAUCCUGGGACGGGGGACAUGACCGCAGAGAGCAGACGCAUUGUCCAGGAUUUCAUCGACAGAUAUUUUGUCAAAGGUCUCGGUGAGGGCGGAGCAGACCGGGUGGUCUGGUUCAAGAAUUGGGUCGCCCUUCAGAGCGUCCGGGCCUUGGAGCACAUCCACGUACUGGUGCGAGACGUCGACCCAGAAGUCAUCAGGAAGUGGUCUGAGGAGCAUCCAUGGCACAGAUAA